GAUUGGACAAUGCGCGUCCGCCACGACGCAGGAAGGCCGCCUCAUUGGUCCGCGCUGUCGGGCUUCGGCGGCUUUUCUCUUUAGCGCUCAGGGCGCUGACCCACUGCUCUUCCUCUUAAGUAAGUGCUCCAUUCCUUCCGGCACCCGGAGCUGCUGGCCCAAAGGGAUCCGGAGCGAGCUAGGCCAGGCACCAUGACCACCCUUGAUGAUAAGUUGCUGGGGGAGAAACUGCAGUACUACUACAGCAGCAGUGAGGAUGAGGACAGUGACCACGAGGACAAGGACCGAGGCAGAGGUGCCCCAGCCAGCAGUUCUGUGCCUGCAGAGGCUGAGCUGGCAGGCGAAGGCAUCUCAGUUAACACAGGCCCAAAAGGUGUGAUCAAUGACUGGCGCCGCUUCAAGCAGUUGGAGACGGAGCAGAGGGAGGAGCAGUGCCGGGAGAUGGAAAGGCUGAUCAAGAAGCUGUCAAUGACUUGCAGGUCCCAUCUGGAUGAAGAGGAGGAGCAACAGAAACAGAAAGACCUCCAGGAGAAGAUCAGUGGGAAGAUGACUCUGAAGGAGUUUGCCAUGAUGAAUGAGGACCAAGAUGAUGAAGAGUUUCUGCAGCAGUACCGGAAGCAGCGAAUGGAAGAGAUGCGGCAGCAGCUUCACAAGGGGCCCCAAUUCAAGCAGGUUUUUGAGAUCUCCAGUGGAGAAGGGUUUUUAGACAUGAUUGAUAAAGAACAGAAAAGCAUUGUCAUCAUGGUUCAUAUUUAUGAAGAUGGCAUUCCAGGGACCGAAGCCAUGAAUGGUUGCAUGAUCUGCCUUGCCGCAGAGUACCCAGCUGUCAAGUUCUGCAGGGUGAAGAGCUCAGUUAUUGGCGCCAGCAGUCGGUUCACCAGGAAUGCCCUUCCUGCCCUGCUGAUCUAUAAGGGAGGUGAAUUGAUCGGCAAUUUUGUUCGUGUUACUGACCAGCUGGGGGAUGAUUUCUUUGCUGUGGACCUUGAAGCUUUUCUCCAGGAGUUUGGAUUACUCCCAGAAAAGGAAGUCUUGGUGCUGACAUCUGUGCGUAACUCUGCCACGUGUCACAGUGAGGAUAGCGACCUGGAAAUAGAUUGAACUGAUAGUCUAGUUGCAUAGAUUUCUCAUUGUUUGGGUUGGAAUACAUGUCGUUGUUUAUUUUUGUUCCUUCUUUGUCUUCUGGCUUUUCAGCCAUUCUUUGUAGUCCCUUUUAUUAUGCAUAAAAUCGAGAAAUUCUUAGAUUAAAUCAGAAUGCUGAAUAACCUUGUAGCUAGCAAUAAGGUGACUUACAAUUGUAUAAACAGGAAGCCAGGCUUUUGAACUGUUUACUUAAGAUUCUCUGGCAUGACAUCUCUGUUAUUGUUUCCAGUCAGUAUUUACAAAGCAUCCUAAAGAUGGUGUCUUGGAAAUUGUCUUCAGAUGAUCUCAGAGGUCUCUGCCAAGUCUGAGAGUAUAAUUCUGUAGGUAGUGUGUUAUUUGCAACGUAAAUAGUGCAUUUUCUUAAUCAAAUGAUUGUAAAUUGUAUUUACUUGUAAUCAGUUCCAUAGCUUUAGACGGUGGUUAGAUUUUUUUUUUUCCCCACCAGGGUCUUGUUUAAAGGGGUGAGCCACCGCACCCAGUCCUGAGGGGUGGCCUCUGCUGCUGAUUUCAUGUCUUCCUCCAGCAUGACUAAGUCUGGAACAGCAGGAAGGGUCAAUGCUUACUGACCUGGUGAUGUUGGAAGACAAGUAGUUUAUGGAUUUAAACAUUAAAGCUAGAGUUGGGCUGGAAAUCUUUGUAAAGGAAGUUCUUUCAGUAAGAUGCCCCUGCUUGUCUUUGUCUCUUUUUUGUUUAACAAGGUAACUUUUUGUUUAACCUAGUUUUUUUAAAAACUUUUUUUUUUUUUGCAUAUUGGAAAAGUAAUUCAUAUUCAGUAGAGGAAAAUUGACCAAAACAGAAGCAAAAAUAAGAAAUUAAAAUAAUCUCUAAUCCUACUACCUAGAAUAAAACACUAUUAAUAUUUUGAUCUGUUUCUUGCCAAGGUGUUUUCUGUGUAUACACGGAUAUUUUGUUUGUUUUUAAACAAAACGAUGGGAUCAUUCUGAACAUACUGUUUUAUAGUAUGGUCAGCUAAUAAUAUAUCAGACCUUUUUUCAUAUUAUUAAAUAUUCUACAACUUUUUAAAAAUGUCUAUUAAUAUUCCAUGAUAUAGAUGUGAUAUAAUUUGCUUGAUGGUUGUCUUAAAAAGAAAGGUAGCAAAUACUUUUUUUAAAUCACAAAAGUGAUAGAUGUUCAUUGUAGAAAAUGUAAUAAACACUGUUAAGACUUAAAAGCCAUAUAAUUCCACCAACCAAAAUUAAUCCCUGUUGUCAUAUUUCUAGUCAUUUUUAUAGCCUUUUUUUCUAUGUAUUUAUAAUAAUUAUCAUUUGAGUUUUAUCCUUUUUUUUUAACUUUAAAAAUGUAUAUUCUAGGGUCUGGGGAAAUGUAAUCUGGAAUUAAAUAUUAGCCUUAAAAUUCACAAUUUUGAUUUUCCUGGCUUUUCAGGAAUUGACUAACUGUAAAAGAGUCUUGAAAGUGUUUAGUUAACUAACAGAGUGCAUUUUUUUUUUUUUUUUGACUAAGAAAGCUCAUUGUAGUAGAAAGGGUGGAAUGUAUUGAAAAUUAUUAGAAGCAGGGAACUAUUGUUAGUCUAGCUUAUUUCCUUUCAGUCUUUUUUCAGUAUUUUUAAAAACAUUGAGUACUUACUGAAUUUAGUUCUGUGCUCUUCCUUAUUUAGUAUUGUAUCAUAAAUACUUUGAUGUUUCAAACAUUCUAAAUAAAUAAUUUUCAGUGGCUUCAUAAUA